GCCAAAAAGAAUCUAAUCUAAAUUAGUCGGCGCCUACAGUCUCGGCGGCUCCGGGCGUGCGGCAGGGCUUCGGUGAUUCCGGUGCCUCCGCCGCCGGACUAGGGUUCCUGCCAGCGUGUGCUCCGGCCGUGCUGUAGAGUUUGCGUCAGGCAUUAACCUAACGCUGAUCAGCAAGAUGAGAUUUGUUCUUUUCUUCGUAUGCAUUUGCUUCUUGUCCUUCUCAGCAGCGAGGGCGGAAGGUCCGUACCAGUUUUUGGAUUGGGAGAUCACUUAUGGCAAUAUCAGUCGUCUUGGAGUUUCACAACAGGCAAUCCUCAUCAACGGGGAAUUCCCGGGACCGAAGAUUGAGUGUCAAACAAACGAGAACUUGAUUAUUAACGUCCGCAACAAUUUGUCUGAUCCGUUCUUGCUCUCAUGGAGUGGUUUGCAGCAACGCAAGAAUUCAUGGCAGGAUGGCGUUUCUGGCACCAACUGCCCAAUCCCUCCCGGCCAAAACUUCACGUAUCGCAUGCAGGCCAAGGACCAAAUCGGCAGCUUCUACUACUUCCCCUCGCUGGCCUUCCAUAAGGCCGCCGGUGGCUUCGGCGCUAUCCGCAUCUACAGCCGGCCAAGGAUUCCCAUCCCGUUCCCGCCGCCGGCCGACGAGUACACGGUGCUCAUCGGUGACUGGUACGCCACCAAUCAUAAGUCUCUGCAAGACAUGCUGGACAGUGGAAAGGAAUUGCCUCCCCCUGAUGGCAUCUUGAUCAACGGCAAGGGUAGUACGGACGCUGCACAUUUCGCCGUGGAGCAAGGAAAGACAUACAGGCUUCGCAUCUCGAAUGUUGGCCUGCAGAACACACUGAACAUCCGGAUCCAGGAGCACAACAUGACGCUGGUCGAGGUGGAGGGCACGCACACGGUGCAGAACACCUACAGCUCCCUCGACGUCCACGUCGGCCAGUCGCUCUCGGUGCUCUUCACCGCCGACCGCCCCGCCAAGGACUACCACGUCGUCGUCUCCGCCCGCUUCACCAACGCCACCCUCCUCUCCACCGCCGUCGUCCGCUACGCCGGCUCCAGUGGCCUUGCUUCCGGGCCACUGCCCGCUGGGCCCACCGACGACGUUGACUUCUCUCUCAACCAGGCUCGCUCCAUCAGGACUAACCUGACGGCGAGCGGGCCGAGGCCGAACCCGCAGGGCUCGUACCACUACGGCUCCAUCAACGUGACGCGCACCAUCCGGUUGGCGAGCUCGGCCGUGCUGGUCGGCGGCAAGCGCCGGUACGCGGUGAACGGCGUCUCGUUCGCGGAGGCCGACACGCCGCUCAAGCUGGCGGAUUACUACAACAUCAGCGGCGUGUUCCGGCUCGGUGGCAUCCCCGACGCGCCGGCGGCGGCGGCCACCACCGGUACUGCUGGCGGCGCCGCAACCGACGACGCGCCACCGCCGGCGGCCACCGGUACCGGCGACGGCGCUGCGGAGGAGGUGCGGAACGAGACGGCGGUCAUGGACUCGGACCACCGCUCCUUCGUCGAGGUCGUGCUCGAGAACGGCGAGGACAGCGUCCAGAGCUGGCACCUCGACGGCUACAGCGUCUUCGUCGUCGGAAUGGACGUGGGGACGUGGAGCAACAAGAGCAGGGAUGGCUACAACCUUGUGGACGCUGUGUCGCGCUGCACCGUGCAGGUGUACCCAAGAGGGUGGACGGCGGUUCUGAUCGCGCUGGACAACGUGGGGAUGUGGAACAUGAGGUCGGAGGUGUGGGCGCGCAGGUACCUGGGCCAGCAGUUCUACCUCCGGGUGUACACGCCGUCGCGCUCGUUCCGCGACGAGCUGCCCAUGCCGGACAACGCGCUCCUCUGCGGCCGCGCCACCGCCGCCGCCGCCACCAACAGCAGCCGCCGCCUACCCCUGCCGCGGCUGUACUAGGAGCAGCAGCCAGCUGCUGUGAUCGUCCAGAGUCAAGGUGCGGUGCCACCAACUCAGGGAUGAUCAGGAUGUAUGGCGUGUGCUAGCAGUGUGUUAUGGUCGUCGAACAGUCCUGUCGAGUCUUUAGUGUUGGGGAUGAAUGGAUGCCCAACAUAUAGACAUUUUAUUCAUAUAUAAGAUUUUAUUUGGUGGU